AUGUACUAUGCGCUUUCCCAGGCGCGCGUGAACGCGGCCCCCGCGACCAUGCUGCGGCCACAGCGGCCCGGAGACGUGCAGCUCGGGGCCUCCCUGUACGAGCUGGUGGGCUACCGGCAGCCGCUCUCCUCCUCCUCCUCCUCCGCCUCCUCCUCCUCCUCCUCCUCCACGGCGGCCCCCCUCCUCCCCAAGGCGGCGCGCGAGAAGCCGGAGGCGCCCGCCGAGCCGCUGGGCGCGGGAACGGGGCCCGGCGCGCACGCGGGCGGCGGCUCCCGGGCGGACGCCAAAGAGGAGCAGCAACAGCAGCUGCGGCGCAAGAUCAACAGCCGCGAGCGGAAGCGCAUGCAGGACCUGAACCUGGCCAUGGACGCGCUGCGCGAGGUCAUCCUGCCCUACUCGGCGGCGCACUGCCAGGGCGCGCCCGGCCGCAAGCUCUCCAAGAUCGCCACGCUGCUGCUCGCCCGCAACUACAUCCUGCUGCUGGGCAGCUCGCUGCAGGAGCUGCGCCGCGCGCUGGGCGAGGGCGCCGGGCCCGCCGCGCCGCGCCUGCUGCUGGCCGGCCUGCCCCUGCUGGCCGCCGCGCCCGGCUCCGUGCUGCUGGCGCCUGGCGCCGUGGGGCCUCCCGACGCGCUGCGCCCCGCCAAGUACCUGUCGCUGGCGCUCGACGAGCCGCCGUGCGGCCAGUUCGCGCUCCCCGGCGGCGGCGCGGGCGGCGGCGCGGGCGGCCCAGGCCUCUGCACCUGCGCGGUCUGCAAGUUCCCGCACCUCGUCCCCGCCGGCCUGGGCCUGGCCGCCGUGCAGGCGCAGUUUUCCAAGUGAGGGCCCGCGCGGGCCCGGGGCGCGACCUAGGCCCGGCCUCCCGCCGCCCCGCUUCUCCACGCCCCCGUGCCCUGCACUCGGGGACGGCUGGCCAAGCACGGAGGGCACUUCCAACCUUCUGGCCCAGAGGAAGGGACCGUGGGGCGCCCCCGUCCCCGCCCCCACCCCGGGGAAAUUAAAGUGGCGCGAGCGGAUGUUCGACGGAGCGUCGGGGCCACUGGGGGCCCUGAGUCCAUUCCGGCUGCUUUGGGCAGCAAGUGC